ACUACCCUCACGACAACGAUCACUAUGACCUUGCCUUUGAAGACAAGAUUAUCAGAAGAACAAAAUGCACAUCUACGCUUCAUAUUCGAUCUUAUGAGCAAACAAGAUGAUUCAACAUAUAUCGGAGAACAAAUAUCACAACUUGCUCAUUCACUGCAAGCCGCUCAUCUGGCCGCAACUUCUGGUGAAUCGGAAAAUGUCGCAAUCGCUGCUCUCUUACACGACAUCGGUCAAGUACUUCCCCUAACGACAAAAAACGAUAUCCGUCAUUUACAUAAGCAAGGUGAUAUUCUAGAUGAAGAAGGUAAAAGUGUUGGCCGGAUAGGACACGAGUUGAUAGGAGAGAAAUAUUUACGUGAAAAUGGUUGGCCAGAAGAAGUUUCGGCUUUGGUAGGAGCUCAUGUUAUGGCAAAAAGAUAUUUAGCAAUGCAACUUGAUUAUUUUAAUUCGUUAAGUAAUGCUUCAAGAUCUUCACUUAAAGGUCAAGGUGGUCCAUUCUCGGAAGAGGAAGCAGAGCAUUUACGUGCAACGGAUCCAAUGCUAGAAAAAAAGAUAGCUCUGAGGAAAUUUGAUGAUGGUGCAAAAGUCGUUGGAAAGCAAACCCGAACGUUGAAGCAAUGGUGGGAGACUGCAUGUAGGGUAUAUCUAGGUCAAGGUAGAUCAUCGGUAGCCUUGUUAGAAGUAGAAGUACAGGAUUAAAAAUAGUGUAGAAAUUUGUAUGAAUAUAUCCGAUUAUGAUUGUGGAAAAGA